ACUGUCCAAGAUGCUCCCGUUAGGUUAUACAACACAUCGCCAAUGACACUGAAACCACGCCGUUUGGUCUUUAAUUAGUUUGCAUCUGCGGCUAAUGCGAGAUGCUGUUGUGAUCUCCUCUUUUGUCAGCCAGGUCACAGUACCUAUACUUAGAUAACUACGUGAUAUCUCUCCGUGAUAUAGUCAAACCUCUUUUGGUCUUUAUAAUCGUCAGCGUCGCGAUCGUAGAGAUAGCUCAUUUCUCCUAGUCAUUCACCUCAUAUCCGGUUCAUCAAGGAAAUCGCUAAAUUGGUAGUGACACCUAUUUAACUUCUUAAUUUGUUAAUAAUGGCUGCACGAAUGUCUACUGGCCCAAGUUGGGCCCUCGCAAUCUUACUCUCUCUCAUAUCACUCGUCUUCACCUUAGUCACGCUACUCUCUGGCGUUGGUAGCCAUACUACGGCAUCAUACCUAACGGUUGAUACAACAGAUCUAGCCAUACCUGCAAAGCUGAGCGGCUCAAUAUUCUUGCAAGAUCUCUCCAAGAUAUCCGGAAGCGACUUUGUCGGCCAGGACAAGACAAGAGAGAGUCUGGGCUUGUCUAACGACUACUCCGUCUCCCUCUUAACAGCAUGUGGUCGCAACGAUGAUGGAUCGUCGUCUUGCUAUGCGCCCCGUGUCGGAUUCACAUUCAACCCCGGCUCGAAUCUCAAACUCGACCGCUCAGCUGCGCAGUACGGCCAACUGCGCACGUACGCAGAAGUGUCUACUUUCGUCGCUGUAGCGUACAUCGUAUCGGCGCUCCUUACUCUUCUAUCAUGCACCGCAAUCGUGCUAUCUCGCCGCUUCGAGCGCGCAAUCCUCAUCAGCCGCAUCAGCUCUGGACUUGUUGCGAUACUCCUAUCCACAGCAACCGUUGCCUCUAUCGUGACCUUCGUCAAGCUGCGCGACUCCUUCAACAGCGCACUUAGCGACGUCGGCGUGAAGACCGCCACUGACUCCACCGCCUUCGGCCUCAGCGCCGCAGCGAGCGUCGCCGCCAUAAUUGCUUUCGCGCUGACGUUCUUCAUCCGCCCCACGGCCUCAGGUUAUCGUCUGCCGCUCCACCGCGAGAAGCAAAAUACCUACGCCAAUGAGACGGAAUUGAUGUCGCGCGAGUCUCGACCCGCCAAUGUUGGGCCUGGGUUCAUGGACCGCAUGCAGCCGUGGAAUCGACCACGUUACGCACAGAUCGAGACGAACAAGUUAGAUGCGCACUCACGCGAUCACUCGCCGGACAGCGACCGCGAAGGGCUCAUAAACCCCGGCGAAGAUGACGGUCUUCACAAUGCCAAUCAUGACCCCACAUGGGCAAACACCGGGGCAAGGCAAAAUCUAGAUCAUGUGUCAACGGCAUACAAGCCAAGUGUUUGAAAGACUGGCUUGAUAACGUUGCAUAGAGAUUUGCGGUUGGAUUAAUGGAUUAUGAGCGUUCUCUUAGAGAUUUUUGGGCGAUCGAUCGAUAACGCUUUUAUGAUUGGAUUGAUAAAGUAGACUUAAUUUAGAAACUAAUUGAUCUUGACUUGUUUCACCAUCUGACUCCUUAUAUAUAUCUUCGAGGCAGGAGACCACGAUCAAUUCAAAUCCUUGUUAUGUGAUUGCUUAUAAGUUAUA